CACUCCCGAAUCCUCGGGGCGGGGGGCGGUGAGGGGUAGCUGCUGGUUCGCGCGUCGGGGGCCCGGACUGGAGCUGCCCCGGACCAGAGUUUUCCAGACUAGCUCGGGCAUCGAAGUUUGUCGUUGCGCUGUUCCUCGGCUCGGGCCUCCGGGGCCCGCUUUCGAGACUGGACCCGGCGCGAGACAGUUCAGGAUCUCAGGGGCCCGCGGAUCGACGAACAUAUCGGCCAGGUGUCCCGGAGGUUCGAGCUGGGAGGUUCGAGCACGAUUUUGUUGCGCGUUUUCUGCCGCUGGGCCUCCGGGAGCGCGCUCGUCGCCACGGCGGGAUCCGCUUCGAGAUCCUGGCCAAAAUCCACGCCAAGACAAAGUGCGGGGAGGGGGAUUUUUGACCCCCGGGCGGAGACCUCCCGGCGGCACCAACGGUGGUCUCCGAAGCCCGCGGGUGGCGGAGGCCACCAGAGCACCACAUGCGAGCCAGGACCCCCAGAUCCUGGCGUCGCAGACCGCCAGUUUGUCGACGUGCCCGCAUUCUGGAGGUGGCGGAGUGGAAGAAGAUGAAGGCGGAGGUUGCGCUCAUGAAGCGGCAGCGGAAGAAGGUGCCAGGCAAGAAAAACGGGGGCAAGGACGACAAGAAGGCCUUGUCCAGCAAGAUCCGCGCCCUCAUCAGCGGCCUCAGGGCCAAGCACGAGACCGAGCUUCGGGACGCGGGGAUCGAAGUGACCGCGGAGGACUCCGGCGUCGACGCCGAAGCAUACAUCUCGGGCGAGGAGGAUUGAUGCUUGUUAGAGUUUAGAGCGUCGGCGAAGUUGCUUGUGCGUUGACAUCCAGAAGGUUACGCCCGAUUGUUCUGUGUUAGUGUUUCACUCCCGCGGGGAACAGCUAGGUGUGCGGCGCGAGUCCGGGGUCUGAUCUGCCCCUCAAGGCUUGUGAGCCGGCGUGUUCGCUAGCUGACCAGGAUUCUCGUUCCAGAGUCGUGGGGUCUUGCUGUUUCCUCUUGUCCUCUCGCCCUCGUCUCUUCUCACUUGUUUUCUCGUUGCCCGUCGUCGUCGUCGGCCUCCGACAUCUUCGGCGGGACGGUGCCGACCCCACAGAUGGUUGCCCGCGGGGCGACCUGGGCCGAGCUCAGCCUCGGAGUGCCGAGCCAA